AUGGGCACGCAAAACCCCGCACCCUGUUUGUACCUUGUGUUUAUCCCAUCCCGGAUCCGAGAGCUCCCUCACAUACGACUGCAGUUUAUCACCACAGCUCCUUGGUCUGGGUCAAGCAUGGCCCACACCUCGGGCCAUACGACACCUCAAUCCAAACCGGCUGCAGUAAUCGUUGUUGGAAUUGGCAUUACUGGCAGGAUCGAACUGCUCUCUUCCCGCGACAAGGUCAAGAAGUCACCACAUCCUUCAGCAAAUGACCAUGACAGGCAGUGGAUGCAUGAGCACAUCAAAAGAGAGAUUGCUAUAUAUCAACGACUCCCAAAGAAGCAUAGCCGCUUUAUUCAAAUGGUCGGUUACUCUCCAGAGGAGAGUGACCAUCAUAUCAUCUUCGAGUACCUUCCGAAGCGUGAUCUAAGGACCUUCCUUGACAUGCAGCCCUCGCCCUCCCGCCGGCUACAAUUGCAAUGGGCUCUAGAUGCGGCAGAGGCCGUAGGGCUUGUCCAUGCCUGCGACAUCAUCCAUAGUGAUAUCAAGCCGUCUAAUUUCCUUGUGGACGAGCACCUACGGCUCCGGCUGAUCGACUUCUCCGGCUCGUCCAUCGAUGAUCAACCGGCUUUGGUCGUCGAGAACGCACGUUUCUUCCUCCCCCGGAACCGGCAGGAGGACCAGAGUAGUGUAUUGACCGACCUAUUUGCGCUGGGGUCAACUAUAUACGAGAUCAUGACCACACAGCAGCCUUAUGAGGAUCUUGACGAAGAAGAGGUCGAGGCUAGAUAUAUCCAUGGUGAUUUCCCUGGGGUCGAAGGGGUUGUCUGUGGAGACAUCAUCAACAAGUGCUGGACUCAACAAUAUGCUGCUGCUACCGCUGUAUAUAACUCCAUAGAAGAGAUAAUGAGGCGCACCGCCAUCUAG